CUCUUGGUACAUUAAUGGCUGCUCAUUUAAGUUUUUGUGUCUCGCUGGCUACGGAAUAGAAAAUCUCGAAUUUUUACUGGCAAACCAAAUUGGUCGUUCGCCAAUCGUGCAGUAAUCGUUAAUAUCGUAUUGUAUAAAGUAGUUUCUAGUGUUUUUAAGGCUAAUAAUCUUAAGACUAUAAAGAUAACGUGCGUUUUUCGAUCCCGUAAUCGCUGACUGGCUGGUUGAGAAUCCUUUGGGAACAAAAAAAUUGUGGCCCCAAAGAGAGUUGGAUCCCCUUUUUCCUGCGAGUGUGUACGUGAGCGCGAGUGCGAAAUAGCGCUAUCUUUCCAAUCGUUUCUGACGUUAGAAUUGGCUGUCGAAACGUUUGAGUGUGUGGAAGAAAAGAUCUGUGAUAACUCUAUGCGAAAGUGAGACGGCACGAACGGACAUUCAUUUCAAAGGCAGUGACGGCUUUGCGCAAGGGGGGAUUCUUAUGUUUGAUAGUGUGCGUUAGGUUAAGUUUGAAUAAAGAGCGUAAGUACAUCGGGAACUGUCAAAAAGAUAAUUAUUUUGGAUUAGUGUUAGUGGAACAACGUCAAACGACGAGAAGUAGAAACUUUUUCAUCCAUCAUUGUUUUUUGGGGAGCAAAGAGAAGCAGCAGGAAAGUGUGAAAAUCCGUGGGUAGUUUUCUGUGUAGAUCUGAGGUAACGGAACUAUGUCGGAUUCGAUAAAGGCGGAUCUGCAGUCGUCAAUUCUAUUGGAAACCCUUCGCCAAACGCCGACCAUAAAGGAGCACCAUCGGUCGGACAGUGGCGGAAGUGGAUUACCUGGUAUUGGUGGAGAUGGAAAAUCGAAAGGUACUUCCUCGUCAUCUUUGUCGCUUUCGUCAUCAGCAGACAGUGGUGGUGGUGGUGGUGGAGGAGGCAAUGGUACAGAUGGAAAGAGCGAUUUAGAGGCCAUGGAUCCAGCCAUACUGUCCACCAGAUGUGUUCUGGUAAGGUACACACCCAAUAGUGAAUUCGGCGAAAGUAAAGAUGCCCCUUCCUUCAACAACAAGGGACGGAUGAGACAUUCGGGAAAGGAUUUGGGAGGUUCGAGAUACGGAGAAAAGUCUGCGGUCUCCGAGAAGGACUCCCAAGCCAAGGAGAAGGGUAAUAAAUCUAGGUACUCACCGAAGGAACUGCAUCAGAUGGAACAGUCGCCAGAUCCGGAAAAUUUCGUUCCCAUUCCUACAAUUGAUAGGGAAAAUUGGAUGCGUUACUCGGUGGAAGAGCUGCUGGCCCUUCGUAAUGCUGAUAUAUCCAAAGAACUGCCACCAUUUAUGCAAACGCAGGAAUCAGAAAGGGAUGUUAAGUUGGUUACCAUGUUGGCCAGAAAUCCAAGGCAAGGCUUUUCUGAUGAAAAUGGAGGCAACGGUGCACCGGCAGGAUAUGGAAGAAACCGCAGCAUGUAUUCAGGAAACAAUGAUUCCGGAAAUGGUAACGGAGGCGGCAGUAGUAUUGAACGUAUUGAAAUUCGUCGUUCCGGUGGAAUGGAUUUGCGUGAUCCGAAGGAUCGAUUACGCAAGGAGGAUAGCAUUGUUCUCUCCCCACAAAGACGCAAUUUCAAUAUGGGUUGCCAGAUGCCAGCAGCACCAACAUCUGGGCCAAGCAAUCUUACUAUUGGUAGCGGUUUGAUUCGGAACGAAAGGGAGAAUUUGUUUGGGCCCCGAGAACGUCGCAUUGGAAGUGGUCGCAUUCUUUCGAGAGAUGUUUCAUGGGAUUAUCGACCAGAUAAAAACGAUCCUGAAAGCAAUGAUUACCGGCAAUCGAACAACAUGCCAUUCCGGGAUAGAGACCGUGAUGCGCGAGGAGAGUCCAGAGAUUCUCGCGAGUCUAGAGACGCUCGUGAUUCCAGAGACGGUAGGGAUCUUCGAGAUGCUCGCGAUAUGAGAGACUCUAGAGAUUCUCGGGAACGGAUGGAUCGCGACAAAGAUUAUCGCAAAGAUUAUGACAGAGAUCGCGAACGCGAUCGCGAAGAUCGCUACGAACGUAGACCUCUUAAUAGGGACUAUGACCACGGUGACAAAGAAGUUCGCAAUCCCCGGAUGAACUCUCGAUAUUCCAAUUCUUACAACGACUCUCACGGCGGUGGUGGACGCUAUUCCAACAACCAUCAUUCUCAUCAUGAUCGUAGACGUCUUUACAGUGAUCAUCGGGACGAGGAGCCAGAAUGGUUUAGCGAACCCACUUCCCAGACCGAUACCAUUGAGCUUCGAGGUUUCGACGAUCCCAUUCCGGAGGACGAGAUCAAGCCGGAAAAGGAAACCAAAGAUAUCAAAGAAUCUAAAACUAAUUCUUCAAACGAUCGUAAUAACAAUGCCAAUAUGCAACAGACCAGUGCUGGCAAUAGUAGCGACGAUAAAUCAAGCUCUAAUAACAGACAUGAUGGCUCAGCUCAACUGGACCAUCGAACUCCAGGAGAUGGAGCCUGCGAGGGUAACGGUUCAACCAAACCGAUUGGUCAUCAACCUGGCACUAUUGGAGGGGGCAUCGGAAACAAUACCGGUACUGGAUCGUCCUCAUCAGCCCCUCUAGGAGGUAUUGCGAACAUACUGAUCGAGCAACCAUCUGCUAACAACAACAGCAGCAAAGAAGCUCAGCCACCAACAACAGAUGACGAUUUCAAUUUUGAAGAUUUUCUGAAGCUGGAUGCAUUACCCAACAGUCUACUUUAUCCCGAUCUUCCUGGUAAAGAUACCAGCACUGGUGGUGGUUCCAGAUUUUCUCAAUGGUUCCGUCAAGACAAUCCAUCGCAGACAAGUUCCUCACAGAUUCAAGGACCUCCGCAAAAACCACAGCCAAAUAUUCAAUUCGACAGUCGUCGUUCUUCUCUUCAAGAUGAAAUCAACAACAUGAUUAAUGAUUUUACAUCUUCAGCACUGGACGAACACAUUCCGGACUCAAAUUCUAACAAAUACUUUGCUCCGAUCUCUCCUGCUGCGAGUACGUCUUCAAACUCACUGUUAGAACUAUUCCAACGUAGUGAAAAGCAACAACAGCAGCAACAACAACAACAUCAACAGAUGCAACAUCAACAACGUGAGCGUGAACAUCUUCAUCCGCAUCCUCUCCAACAUCAACCGCCACCUACGCAUGGGCCUCAACAUCCUAUGGGACAUCCACCUAAUAAUGCUGCAUUGCAUCAUCAACAACAGCAGCAGCAUCAGCAUCAACAGAUGCAAAAUCGCAGCUUGCAGCAGCUACUCGGAGUCGGAGGUCCACCUGGAGGAAAUACUGGAAAUAUUCAACCCUCUCCCAAUGUUGGCCAGAUCCAUAGUGUCGAAGAACUGGAAGCACGUUUCCGUCAAAACGACGCCACUCCUCGCACUGGUAAUAAUGGCGUUACAGUUGCAAGCAACCCGAACAAUGGCCCUACCAUUCCAAGAUUGAUAACCCCAUCGUCAAACAUUGAUCAACAGCAGGAAAUGAAUGCUUUCAAAAAACUGAUGGCUCAGAUCUCCGAUAACCAACCGGGGCAUCAUCCUCAUAACGCUCCACACCCACCGGGAACACAUCCUCCUCACCAUCAAGCUCCACAUCCGAUCAACAUGCUGCAUCAUCAACAACAGCAGAACGAACUGUUGCAAAAAAUGUUGCAUCUAAAUCAAAUGCAUCAUCCCAUGAACGAUGCUCGUCAAGCAGAAAUUCUUAAACGCCCAGAGGCUCAGGCACUGUUGCAUGGUAUUGCUCGUGGUGAAGUUUCUCAGCACAAUCUAUUCCAACAGCUGGUAAAUCCAGCUACAGCGCAACAUCACCGCGAUAUCGUAUCAUGCGUUCUAAGCACAUUCGGCACAAGCCCUCGAGUUGUGUCACCAAACAUCUUGAUUCAACCGACGCCUGGCAGUGUCCCGAUUUUGCCUCAGGCAGCCGUUCCGCCAGCAGCAGCAGUUGCUGCAGCCGCAGCUAACAACGCUAAUCUGUUGUUCCAGCAUCACUCGAAGCAACAGAUGCGCUUGUCACCGCUGCCAAGCGGAAUGCCUCAACGGAUUCCUUCGCCUCGGGAAUUGCAGUUCCAUACCCAGUCGAUCAUGCAGAAUGCACUUAUACGGAAAAAAUUGGAAGAGCAGCGUGAAAACUAUCGCAAACGUCAGGAACAACAAGCUCAACAACAACAAAAUCGUCAACAAGAAACGAGUUCAGCUGCUUCAUCAUUAACUUCAUCUGCCACGACAACAACUACUACAGCUGUAGGCGCAAAUCAAUCUGGCGUUUCUGCUAGUGGACCAGGAAAUCAACAAGGAAAUAAUACUUCUAACUCUGGAAUGGUUGCGCCUUCCACCGCAAUUGCUACACCGGUCGUAACAAGCUCAAUUACCUCACCGGUAAAGCAAAAUCAGCCUUCUCAUUCUCACUCCCAACACACAUCUUCACCUACGCCACUGGCUUUCACUCCGACAUCAGUUCUUAGAAAAAUGACUGCUGAAAAAGAAUCGGAAUCAAUCAUCAACAACAACUCAAAUCAAAACAUACCAAUCACAGCGAAUGCCAACAACAUGCAUCAACCUAAUGAACGUCCUCCACUGGGAAUAACUCAGGGCCAGAAUUUGCUCAUGAGCUUGACUAAUCCGAUGAAUCAGCAACGCAACCUGAACGCGCUCUCUCAAUCUCAAAAUCCGCAACAAACCAACCAACCGGGUCCGUUGCCGGCUAUGUCCCAUCCUCCGCACCACCAGCUCGGGGGUCCACCAGUUGGCCAGCACCCGAAUCAAAUUCUGCCGCCUCCGAUGUCCCACCAGCAGCAGCCGCCGCCACCAAAUCCGCAACAAAUGCGGCCCGGUCAACAUCAACCCACUGGCAUGCCGGCCAACAUCCCAUGGAACAUGAAACAGCCCCAUCCAGGUCAGCAACCGUUGCCGCAGAUGUCCAAGCCACAGGGACGCCCCAUUUUGAAAGGUGGCAACAACCCGCAACCGACAUCGCAGCCACAGAUGCCGCCUCAGAUGCCGUUCACUUCAAACUUAGAAUUCCAGCAACAAAUGCAACAGUUUCAAAAUCGUAGUGGAAACCCUAUCCUGGGAUCUCAUCAAACCCCACAGCAACAGCAACAACAUCAGCAGCAGCAGCAAAUGAUGCAACAGCAGCACAAUCCCCAUCAGAAUCAGAUGAAUCCACAUCUUCAACAAAUGUUGCAACAGCGCCAGCAACAGCAGCGUGCGAUUCGUAGUCAACACAUGCAGCAGAUGCCGCCGUCGUUCCGACAACAAUCCCAAGCCCAAGGCGCCGGCCCGGGACCACAUCCACAUCAAUCCGGUCCUGGACAGCAGGCUCCACAGGGAGGGUCCGGCAUAAUCAACUAUCAACGCGAUGGAGGAUUGUCGCCUACUAGCAACCAACUGGCCCGAUGGUUUUCACCGGAGCUUUUGGCCCAAGCUUCGGCCGGCAAGUUGCCAUCGCUCGGUGUUGGUCAGGGCAUGAGUCUGGAGGAGUUUGAACGCAACAUGCAACAUUCCUCGGCAACCGUGCACAACUGAGCCACGUUGUCAUUCCAAAUGGCUGCUGUCACAAAUAACCGAGGCGGAGGUUGUAACCAUCCAUCGCCACUCAACAAUAGACCCGGCUACUUGCGAAUGGCCGAUCUUCACAGAGAAAGAGAUAGUGGCAGAUUUGGCUGCCGACAGGAGUAAGUAGGUUCGAGUUUUUUGAUCGACACACAAGACACAGCGUUUACUACAUGAUAACUAGUAUCGGUAAUUCAUAAAGAUUCAGACUAACAGAAAAAAACUAUCUCUCUAUUUAUCUCACUUAAAACUUCUCGGUGGAAACUUUUGCGCGCAAAACAAAAAAAAAAACAAAAUAGUAGAAACCCCUUACCAGAAUCGUAUGUUUGUAGAAUUUCGUGUUUUUGCCUGCAGCUUCUUUGUGCGAUUUGAAACCGCAUCCCCUCCGGUUGCAAUUCUCAGAUGAGCAAAUCUACUAAACUAGUGUAUAGGAUAAAAAGGGGAUAAGAUGUACCGUUUAUUCGUAGUAAGGAUAGAUAACCGAUUUCGAGACUAAACGUAAGUUGUUGUUUCUUGAUUCUGCUGGGAGGAAAAUAUCGCGUAAAUUAAAAUCCAGAUGAUGGAAGCUGUAAAUUUUAAAUAUUAGCUAGAUAAUUACUAUCCUGAAAAUUCAAACGAUUAAACAUAACGCAGGUUUACAUUGCGCAAAAAAAAAAAUACAUUACCUUUUAUUUCGAACUUACGUUUUCAUGCAUUAUCUUGAUCAAUGACUUGUCGGAAUGCAGGGUUUUUCGAAUCGGUCGAAUUUUGAACUAUUGUUUGUAUUUCGUCUAUUUAUUUUCUUCUGGAACAAAGGUAUUGGACUUUUUCAAAACGUUAACCUUGAAUAUUUUAAACAACUUACAAAAAAAAACAUCCCUCACCCGAUUCCGUUUAUUGUUUCUAGCUAACAGUUCGGAAUCAAAAUCUCAGGUAGCCCUUUGGUUUGUACCACGAAGGAAACAUUCGAGAAGAAAAAUAUCCAUUCGAUGCAAGCCAAAUGGUUACUCUUAAUAUGGUUUUCCUUUAGAUUUAAUUAAAUUCCAAAUAAUGAACGCAGUUUCACGGUAGCAUAAAAAUACGGAUAAUUGUUUACGCUCACCACCGCCGACUCAAGAAUGAAGAAGAAUUUCUGCACUUUUAAAUAGACCGUCUAUAAUAGAAGAUUAUCCGUACAGAAGAAAAUCAAUGUCUGUUGUUAUGUGGCUUUCUACAUUUUAUAUUUAAUGUGAUGUCCAGAAAAACGAUGUCUGAAUAAUGUAGCGUAAGCACUCGCAAUGUGUGUAGAUUGGUCGAUCCAGAAUCAUGAAUUUUCCCUCUCCCAAUGCAGUAAAUUAAAUCAUUAGCAUGCUUUAUGCAACCUUCAACAGUUCGAUUCCCUUGUCCACAUUUUGUUCAAGUUGUUUCAAAUUGAUGUAAACAUUUUUGGCUUUUUCACUUUUUGGGAUUUAAAUAGAAGCUACACAUAUGACAUACAGAUUAAAAAAGGGAAAAUUUUGUAGAUAGAAAACCUAUGUUUCCACAAUUUUAGACUCGAAUGGGUAAAAUUAGAAACUUUUUAAAUAAUUUCCAUAUGACGACUAAUGUCACAAAAAAAACAAAAAUUGUAUUUCAAAAAAUAUUUCAAGAGAAGCAUGGAGAUUAGGGUUGUAAACCAGCUAGUGGAAACUAACCAAAUUUAAUAAUUUUUAUUUUUAUUCAGUGUUUCGUGACGCACUGCAAAUUAAAAGGGAAAGAGAGUUUUUUUUCCUAUAUCGAAGCAAAUGGUGCAAACUUUGGAAAAUGAUAACUACAUAUAACAUGUAUUGCCGAAGUCUAUCAUAAGCUGUUUUUGGUCCCAUUUCUAUGUCAGGCAAAGAAGUACUAUCAAUAAAAGCGAUUAAUAUUGAAGUUGCAUUGAUCACUAUUUUAAACUCUAUUUUUCCCAAAAAAAAGAACACGCUGUAGGAAAAUA